GUAGUCCCCCGCCCGUAUCUGUUGGCGCCUCAUGCCCCGGCAAGUUUUGCUGGAUCUGUUAGUUUGGUGUAGUCCGCGGCGCGAUUUCGGGCGGUUUUAUGCUUCGACGAAGGGCCGGUGCGUGUGGUGGUGCAGGGUGGAAAGGUGGAUCUGUGGAUUGCUCUUGUGUGUGGUCCAACGGGAAUCUGCUUUGCGUAUGAAGUAUGUUUGUGUUUUCUAGUUUUUAUGCUUCUCGCGCAAAUAGGUGAAAGAAUAAUAAAUUUCUUUAGUUAGAGAUAACCAAAUCCUUUGGCUUCCAGAACCAAAUUAAAAUGAUGACUAUCGGGCCUUCGUGCUAUGACGGGCUAACGAUUUCAGUGUCAUAUACGCCACAAUAGGAAUGCAGAUACAUGCAUUUUAACUUCUCGAAGGAUCCUUCGUUAUUUUUCAAUGUUGAAUGCUUUCUCUUAGUAAUUUAACUCACUGCUCUUGUUUUGUCUAUCUUUCUUUGCAUCUGGGGUCUGUUCUCCCUUCUUUGAUUGCCGAGGCUGAAUGAGCUGGCAGAUAUUCAGAGCUGGAUUGCACAGUGAUACAUGUUGCUUUCCCAAGCUGAAAUGUGAUGAUGUUCGUUACAGUUAGAUGUCUGAAAUGAGCACUUCUAUCCCUGUUGACUAAGGGGGAACGGCCAUUGGUCCUACUUUUGCUAGUCUUCUGCUAUUCCUUAGUUCAGUUUGGUGGUCUAAUGAAAAAUGGGACAGUACUGCCAAUUAAUUGAAACAAUUGGAUGAGCAUACCUGCCCUACCCUGGUUCUUUAGUUUGUUGUCUGCAGUCCUUGUGAUUUUUGAAAUUCUACUCCUCCAGCACAAGAGCUGUGCACACCUGUGGAGAACAAGCAGCAGCAUGUCCAGGCCACAGGAGUGGCCCAUUGCUCUACUAUGAAAAGAUUAAAACAAAUUACAGCUGUAUCGGGUUGAACCGAGUUGAUUGGCUGAUAAGAAGCUACAGAAAUCAUUGAUUUGUUAUAAGUGGAUGGUUGUGCUUGUGCCCUAUGGCCAUGUUUUCAGUUGGGUUCAUUGGUAUGCUUGCAGACAGAGAUCAUGACCACAGUUGACUUGUUUUGUAAUCUAUAUGUCCUGACCGCAUAGUUCUUUACAUCUUGUUACCUUUCUCAGCAUUAUGUGAACUAGCGACAAGCUUGAUCUUUCCCCGUCCAAUAUUUUGUUAGAAGUAGAUAAAGUAUUUCUGCUAUGAUUUACAGCUGCAAGUCUUUAUGGACAUGCUUAGUUCAUUGCAUAGUUAAAAGUUCCAGCAAAAUUUGGUUUGUUAAAAGCUCCAGCAAAAUUUGGUUUUCUAUUAUUUAUUUAUUUAUUAAAACUCAAGCAUCUCCUUUCUUAAGGACACUUCGCUCCAAUGUUCCUUCUUGUGUAAUCCAUUUUUUUAUUAAUACUAUUGCUGCUUGCCUGCGUGACUCGGCAAAUGCUUCCAUUGAUGGAAGUAAAAAUUUGUUGAAAGUCCUGAUUUGCAUAUCGGUGCAUUGGACAGUAUUCAGCGAUCAUGUAUGGAUAUUUGAAAGACUACUGCUGGAGCAGAAAAUUGAUGCUAGCCUCACCAGUGCGGACCUUUGAUUCAUUGCCUCUGUGUGAUACUACUUUCAGCCACCUCCAUGCGUUGUAUUGCAGUAUUGGGAAGAAAACAGUUUAUUUUACAUACCAGCUAGCCAGCAGCUCAGAGUGUCACUGUUGUUUUCGUGGAAAUGGAAGUUCCUUGCCUCUCUAGGUUUUCAGCAUUGGUUUAGAUGACCUGGUAUGUAAACUAGAAGUAUAUAUGGCUAUGGCAUAUCUGCUAGAUUUCUUGACACCAGAAUGCUGAAAUUAUUGAGAGAAGUUAGUUCAUGUGGCUAGCUGUAAAAUCAGUGCCUGGUUGGAAAUAGUUCACUUUGCCAGAACAUGGUGCCAAGAGACUAUGACUUUGCUCCUUGUCCUGGUAAUGAUCCUUGCUGUUUUGGGAAUAGACUUUUUGAUCAAGAUAGUUACAGCUAGAUGCAUUUGUGUCAGGAUUACAAUUGUUCUUGAAUCACAGAGAUCCAGGAAUAACCUAAUCUCAGUGCUCUCUCUCCCAAGAUCAUGCUGGAGAGACACACUAACCGCCACAGGGGCUUUGGCUUUGUGACAUUCGAAGAUCGGCGGGCAGUUGACAGCGCUAUCAAAGAGAUGCAUGGCGCAGAUUUAGAUGGUCGGACCAUUUCAGUGAACAAGGCUGAGCCUAAGAUGAACACAGAUGACACAAGAUAUGACAAUGGUGGUGGACGAGGGGAGUAUCGUGGUGGUAGAGGUGAUGGUCCACCCCCUGGUAAUUGCUUCGAGUGUGGUCGUCCUGGACAUUGGGUUCGUGAUUGCCCUAGUGCUGGUGGUGGUCGUUCUGGCAGAUUCUCGUCUAAGUUUGGUGGUAGCAGUGGUGGUGGCAGGGGAGACCGUUUCUCUGGGUCAGAUAGGUUUGGUGAUCGCUACGUGGAUGAUCGUUAUGAUGGUGGUCGUUAUGGGUACCGUGAUCAAGUUGACACAAGAGACAGGUAUGCUGGGGGCCGUGAUCGUUAUGCCAAUGAUCGCUACCCCUCUGGUGGUGAUCACUUUGGUGCAGACAGGUAUGGAGGUGGUCCAGAUCGUUAUGCACCAAGUGGUUAUGGUAGGGAGCGAGAAAGAAGCUAUGAGAGGGAUGGAGUUCGUGGCGGCGGCGGUGGUGGCGGCUAUGAUAGGAGUGGCCCAAGGGGUGGUGGAAGCUAUGAUAGGGAUGGCCCAAGGGGUGGCAUGGGUGGCGGCUAUGACAGGGAUGGUCCACGUGGUGGUGUCGCUGAUCGUUACGGCGGUGGAGGACCUGCACGCUAUAAUGGAGGAAGUUACAGGGAGAGGCCUGGGCCUUAUGAUCGUCCCAGCAGGGGAGGAGGACGUUUUGAUGAUCGCUACUGAUGAACCGAUUGCAGACUCAAGCUAUUGAUGUUGCAGUUAAUGUUUGCAGUUUCGUUUACCUGAAUGCUUAAUGUACCCCUUGGCACUUUUAUGUCUAAUUCUGUACUUCAACCAGUACUGGCUGAUGUUGCCUUCUUUGAUAAGUUUAUCUGGCAGACUGUUUUUGCUUGUUGAGAUCAUAAAUCUUGCCCUGAGCUGUUACCUUGUGUGUCAGUUGUGCAUGUGGUGCAUCCUGCAGUUCAAGGGAGUUGAGGUUCUCAGUGAUUGUUUUCAUUGCUGACCUGAGUAUCUGGUAUGGAAGGAUUAUAUUUUCAGAGAUUGCUUGGCACUGUUGGUCUGAACAGCCGGUUUGCAUGGAUUGUAUGUUAAGUGAUGCUUACUUGUCACUGUUGUUCAUACAUGGUUGUUUGCAAGGAUAUAUUUGCAGUGGUCUCUUGUCAUUGUUAGUCUGAAACUCUGAAUAUCUGCAAUGCAAGGAUUACUGAACACCUGUCAACAGGAGUCUCUUGUCAUUGUUGGUCAGAAUAUAUGCAAGGUUUAUAAACGGGACGGUUGUCAAGUAUCCCUACGGUGGAAAUAGCUGAAAGCAAUGCAAAGUGCCAAAGUUUGCUGUUACUUUUGUUAUCAGUUCUGAAAACCGCUGUCUAGAAAAGCACCGAGCCAGGCCAUGUUGAGUGGGUAUCUUCUAUUUGCACAGGUAGAGCGGUGUUCUGUGAUGUCUCUGUAUAGCAAACCAAUAGGUAGCGUCGUUCCUUUGUUUCGUUUUCAUGUCAUGGUCUGCCCGUGAUGGCUUUUGUACAUAACCUUAAUAUCUGUAAAAUAUCAAUCCGAAGAUCUUGUAAAUCUGAGCAAA